AUGCAGAUCCCCAAGGACUGCCCUGAAUUCAAGUCCACCUCACCCCACCUUCCUCCUGGAGCUUCAGGCAUGGAGACAGACCCCCGAGAAGGGUCGUGGUCUGCCUCUUCCGGCCUGGGCAUCACCCUGGGAAAUCUGGGCCUGUCUCUCCUAGAAGCCCUGGAGAUCAGGAGUGUCGCCCACAGGGAGCUGGGCCAGGAAUCUCAUGGAGCAGAGGCGGAAGCAGGGAGUGGCCACCAGAGCUUGGAGCCCCACUGUCAACAGUCCCUGCCCAACGGAACGCCCAUCGCCACACUGCUGCCCCCACGCCUCAAUGGGCCCUGGAUCUCCACUGGCUGCGAGGUGCGCCCAGGACCAGAGUUUCUAACGCGUUCUUACACCUUCUACCCCAACCGCCUCUUCAGAGCCUACCAGUUCUACUAUGGGGACCCCUCCUGCCAGGAGCCUGCGCACUCGCUGCUCAUCAAGGGCAAGGUGCGGUUGCGCCGGGCCUCCUGGGUCACACGGGGCGCCACCGAGGCCGACUACCACCUGAACAAGGUGGGCAUCGUCUUCCACAGCCUCCACGCGCUGCUCACCGUUGCCGGGCGCCUGGGCCAGAGCCCGGCCUGUCGGGACUGCGCCCAGCGGCUGCCCCCGGCGCGGGCCUGGCUGCCUGGGGCAGUGUAUGAGCUGCUUGGCGCCCCGGCCAAGCAGGACUGCGCGGCUGUGCUGGGCUUCACCAUGCAUGAGCUCAGCCUGGUCCGCGUGCAACGCCACCUCCAGCCUCAGCUCCGCGCCCCGCCACUCCUGGUGAAGGAGUUGUACCUGGGGGACAUCCACACGGACCCCGCCGAGAGACGGCACUACCGGCCCACCGGCUACCAGCGCCCACUUCAGAGCGCCCUGCACCACACUCGUCCCUGCCUGGCCUGUGGACUUGUGUCCCGUGCGGAUGAGCACCACCCACCCAUUCUGCCCCCUCAGAUAGUCCCAGCCCUGCGUCUGCAAGGCCGCUGGGUCAGCGCAAGCUGUGAGGUGCGGCCAGCUGUGCUUUUCCUCACCAGACUCUUCACCUUCCAUGGGCACAACCGCUCCUGGGAGGGGCAUUACCACCACUUUUCGGACCCCACCUGCCAGCAGCCCACCUUCACUGUGCAUGCCUCUGGCCAUUACACCAAGGGCACACCCUCCACCAAGGUCCUAGGCAGCACUGAGCUUGUGUUCCAGGUCACUCAGGCCCACGUGACCCCCAUGGACCCGGUCACCACGGCCAUGCUGAAUUUCUCCAAGCCAGGCAGCUGUGGGGAUCCGGGAGCCUGGUCCCUGGGAACUGAGAGGGACAUCACAGUCACCAAUGGGUGCCUGCCCCUAGGCAUCAGACUCCCCCAUGUGGAGUAUGAGCUUUUCAAGAUGGAGCAAGACCCCCAAGGCCAACGCCUGCUCUUCAUUGGACAACGGCCUACCGACGGGUCAAGUCCCGACACCCCUGAGAAGCGUCCCACAUCUUUCCAAGCCCCGCUGGUCCUGUGUGAGGAGAUGGCCCGGGACAUUCCCAGGCUUGGCCUUCCUCGGGUGGCUUUGAAAUUGGUCUUCAAUGUCAAGAGUGGCUUCUCGGGACACCCAAAUGGCCCUCGCUCAGACCCCCACCUGUCACGGUGUGAGCUGAGCAUCCAGAGGGGGCUCCCUGGGCGCUGGGCCUCAUGUCCACACUGCGUUCCCACGUGCAAGGCUGGCUGCUAG